GUGGACUGUGAAGAAGAAGCUUCUCUAGUCUCUCCACCACCAGUCCGACAACAGUCCGACACCGACGGGAAGCUCGCGUACAGUCCAAAAAGAGCCAUGGCUGAGCUCAGGCACUCAAGCUCGCUUGGGAGCCGAGCAGCCACAGCGUCUCCAAAGAAGCGCGACGAGGACGCAUCUCCUCUAAUCCACGAUCAGAUCACCGACGAUGACCACCCGCGCCACAUCUUUCGAGAUCGAGACCGUCCGUUCUGGUCUAAUUUUCACUGUUUGUGCCCGUUCUUGACUGAUGAUCCUAGGGUUUCUCAACACAGCUCCAAGAUCUCGCUCAUUCUUCUCUUUAUCAUCAGCGUUGCAGGAGUGAUCUCAGUUUUCUCUAUCGUGCAUCGAUUGAAUGCCCCAUACCUGUGCACAAAGGAUGGUAUUGUUCUUCACUGUCCACAUGUCAAAGAGUCUUCUUCACUUUGGGAGAACCCUUUUUCUGCAACUACUUCUUGGAAGCCUUGUGCUGAGCGACUUGUUGGUGGAAUAUCAGAUCUUCCUCCUGAGAAUGAAACUAAUGGUUAUAUAUUUAUUCAUGCUGAGGGGGGUCUCAAUCAGCAGAGAAUUGCGAUAUGUAAUGCUGUGGCUGUGGCCAAAAUAAUGAAUGCUACUCUUAUCUUGCCAGUGCUGAAGCAGGACCAAAUUUGGAAAGACCAAACGAAAUUUGAAGAUAUAUUUGAUGUUGAUCAUUUCAUUGACUACUUGAAGGAUGAUGUACACAUUGUCCGUGAUAUACCGGAGUGGUUUACUGACAAAUCAGAAUUGUUCACAAGCAUAAGACGGACUGUGAAAAACAUACCAAAGUAUGCACCAGCACAGUUUUAUAUUGACAAUGUGCUUCCUCGUAUCAAAGAAAAGAAGAUCAUGGCCCUAAAACCUUUUGUUGAUCGCCUUGGGUAUGACAAUGUUCCGCCAGAAAUCAACAAGCUAAGAUGCAGGGUAAACUAUCAUGCUUUGAAAUUUCUUCCAGAGAUAGAGCGAAUGGCUGAUCUGCUCAUUUCAAGGAUGAGAAACCGCACUGGAAAUCCAAAUCCUUACAUGGCUCUACAUCUUAGGUUUGAGAAGGGGAUGGUGGGUUUGUCAUUCUGUGAUUUUGUUGGGACAAGGGAGGAGAAAGCUAAAAUGGCUGAAUACAGAAAAAAGGAAUGGCCUAGACGGUAUAAGAAUGGUUCCCAUCUCUGGCAGCUGGCCCUGCAGAAGCGGAAGGAAGGACGUUGCCCUCUUGAACCUGAGGAAGUGGCAGUCAUUCUUCGGGCAAUGGGUUAUGCUAAGGAAACCCAGAUAUACGUUGCUUCUGGCCAGGUUUAUGGUGGACAGAACCGAAUGGCACCUCUAAGGAACAUGUUCUCUAAUCUAGUUACCAAGGAGGAGUUGGCAAGUAAGGAGGAAUUGGCUGCUUUGAGGAAGCAUGUAACAAGCUUGGCAGCACUUGAUUUCUUAGUCUGUUUGAAGUCAGAUGUCUUUGUGAUGACACACGGAGGCAACUUUGCAAAGUUGAUAAUUGGGGCACGAAGAUACAUGGGUCACCGUCAAAAAUCUAUAAAACCAGACAAGGGGCUUAUGUCUAAAUCUUUCGGAGACCCCUAUAUGAGCUGGGCAACUUUUGUAGAGGAUGUGGUCGUCACCCACCAGACAAGAACUGGAUUGCCAGAAGAGACCUUCCCUAACUACGACCUCUGGGAGAAUCCUCUGACUCCCUGCAUGUGUAAAGCCUAACAGCACGUAUUUCUUCUAUAACUUUUACACCGAUGAUUGGAGCUACUCUAGGAGGAAACUGGAUAUAAUCAUCUGAGAAACACAAAUUCUUUUACCCCCAAAGUUACAAGGAAAACAUCUUAACCGAGCAGCGUAUAAAGCUCUAUGCGGGAAAAAAGGUUGGACGGUGAAGUGGGAUGAUCUCCCGGAGCAGGGGUUGGAUGACAUUUUGAGAGGUCUGUUAUGCGGGUUGUUCACACUCUGGUCAGUUUUGUCUCCAAAAAUAAUUGAUUGAUUUUAGCAAUAUAUCUCUGUUACGAAGACAAUUUGUAGCUUCGCAUCAUUGUAAAACACUAGUUAAAUGUGCAAGGUGUUAUUUUUCGGUGCGUGGGAAAAGACAGGGUGCUUAGUCAUGAUACUUUGAGUUGGCUAUCCCAUACUUCGAAAUUAAUGGAAACGAACUAGGUUAAACACCGGGUUAUAUGCGUAUUGUUUUAUUUUGUGCAAAUUUUAAUUGAUUUUAUUCAGUCAAUAUUAAUUGUUCUCCCAUCUUCUUCUUCUUAAUGAAAAUAAGAGAAUUCU